AUGACCGAAUCGCCGGUCUCCUCUUCCCGAUCCGAUUCGAAGACGUCGUCGUCGACUCUCGAUCCGGAAUACAAGGUGAAACAACGUCAUCUGGAUGAGACGCGCACUCUGUUCACCGACUACGACGUUGUCGAACAGAAGAAGUUGACUGCGUUUGCAAAGGACGCCGUGCAGACGGUUGCUGAGAAGGGCGUCGAGGCGGAAGACGUCUUCUUCCUUGUAAGUCAUUCGAAUUGUCGAGCAAGUCGAAAUUAAAAGUUUUCAGGAAACGGCAAAGAUGAUGAAGGAGUCGGUGUGCUCUGGAUUAGGCGACAAAACGAGCAAAUGGAACAUCAUCGUCGGCAAUGACUUUGGGAUCCACGCGGACGCCGUCAAGGGAUCCCUCGCUUUUUUCGCCGUCGGAGACGUCAAGUUUCUAGUCUAUCGAACCAAAUAA